AUGGUUACCUCAUCAGCGCCUGCCCGGAUCAAUAAGUGCCUACGCGCCCACUGGGAGACCGAAGUUCUUGUCCAUGCACGGAUCCACGGCUUCGACGAGGUGAUGAUCGACUGGAGUGCGGUGCCCGACCGGGUCAGGGCCUACAGAGGCUUGUUGACCGCUAUCCUAACUGAUCAUGUACCCGAUGCGGUGUCCUUGGACCAACUGCAGUCCGUUGCUCACCUCCGCACCAGCGGCCCCGCUUUGCAGUGCUUCUUUGUGAGGCAGUGCUUGUACGAUCAGGCGACGCUGAGGUUGGAAUACCUAGGGAAAUUGGAGGAGUGGGCAAAAAAAGGACGCAAAGGGGACCCGCCUCGGGACUUGAAGACGUUGCCGCCCUUUUCUCCUGCGCCCAUGGGAUUGUGA